GGGCGCCAUAAAAGCGCAGGAUGGGCCGACACGCAGGCACACAGCGAGCCAGCCGCCAUCAUGAGUCACGUGGACGUCAACAACUUGAAGCCCAGCAACUUCGAGGAGCAGUACUACGACCAGUACGAGUACUACAACCUCAGUGACAAGUACGCAGUGGGGGCGUCGCGCAAGGGGCGCACCAAGAAGGAGGCCAGCGACAACACCAACCGGCCCAGCCCCACCGGCCACGAGCGCAAAGUCGCUGAGAAACUGCACAACAGCGAGCAGAAGAACAAAAGCAAAGCCUGAACCCAAAAGGUCGGCUCGCUCACUUGCUUGUUCUUUUUUUUUUUUUUCUUCCUUUUCUGCCGUCUGCAUCGGAUGAGCCCAAAGGGGACAAAAGAAAAAGCUGCUGUCGACCGCGACUCACACCCGGACGCUCACGUCAGUGGGCCGCGCCUCUUAAAAGCACGUCAAUACAAAAAUAUGGCUGCAUGCUCUUGCCACUUUGAUCUUGUCCCAGCAUACACAAAAUGACACUUUAUAAAACUGCUCUUUUUCUGGAAAAUCUCGUGUCGUUUUUUUGCACUCAAGGCACUUGCAUUUAUUUGAGUGAAAAAUGCGGGCCACCGUAUUGCAAGGUCUCGGCGGAUCGGAAGGCGUCGCUCCCCAAGUCGU